AUGGCCUGGAACAACCGCCGUGGUGCUAGAGGACGCAAUGCAAAUCGCAUGAGGCAAGACGAGGAAGAUGAGGCCUUACUUCUUAUGAGCGCCUCGUUAAUGUUAAUGCAUCCGUCACUUGCACACGUGGAUAAUAAUCAACCACUUCCGCAACAUGAUGGUUCAUUCACAGAUAGGCAGUGGGUAGAACGCGUACUCUACGGUCAUCAUAGACGCUCAAUAGAUAACAUGCGUAUCACGGUUGAUAAUUUCUUGCUACUGUCCAAUAUCCUUGUCGAGAGACAGUACGUUCCACACAAUUACCAACAGCGCGUGCCCAUACAGGAGGCGCUUGCUAUGACUUUAAUGUUGGUCAGCCACAAGCAUACGCACUGUGUGUUGGGUACUAUUUUUGAUCGAUCCAUCGAGACGAUUAAUCGAAAUAUAAAAAAGGUGCUCCGAGGCCUGUGUCUAUUUGCAACUGAAAUAAUACGAUCGGGUGACCAGACUGCAGUUCAUCCACGAAUUGCAAACUCAACUAAUUUUUAUCCAUGGUUCAAGGAUGCCGUGGGAGCGAUGGAUGGCACUCACAUCUCAGCUUGUCCUCCGACAGGCGAGCAAAUGGCAUAUACAAAUCGGCACGGGUGGCAAUCACAGAAUGUUCUGGCAGUUUGUGACCAUGACAUGCGCUUCAUCUAUGUGUAUGCUGGAUGGGAGGGAAGUGCACACGAUGCGCGAGUGUUGGAGUCAGCAUUAGCAUAUCCGUCCGAUUUUCCACUGCCGCAACCUGGCCAGUACUACUUAGUUGAUGCGACAUACAAGAAUGCUCCAGGUUUCAUGCCCCCGUAUAAGAACGUGGGGUCCGAAUCUCCGGCAAAGGCCUUGUUCAAUACUCGACAUUCGCAACUUCGCAAUGUCAUUGAGCGCACAUUUGGUGUGCUUAAGAAAAAUUCAAAUGGUUAA